AUGUCUACGGAAGUUAACAAAAAAAUGACCUAUGUCCGCUUGGGCAACUCUGGUCUCAAGGUGUCAAGAAUUAUACUGGGGCUCUUGAGCUAUGGGAACAAGCAAUGGGGCGAGUGGUUAUUGGAUGAAGAAGAGGGCAUUAAACAUAUCAAGGCCGCCUAUGAUGCCGGAAUCCAAACUUUUGACACAGCCAAUUUAUAUUCUAAUGGAGAUUCGGAGCGUAUUCUGGGCAAAGCUAUCAAGCAACUCAAAUUGCCGCGAGAUGAGAUUGUUGUCAUGACCAAACUGUAUGGCAUCGUCGCUCGUGAACCUGGCGAGCUUCUCAGUCCAGCAGAUGAUGAUUUCUCAGAGGGUGAUUCGAAGGGCUAUGUGAACCAACACGGCCUCAGCCGCAAGCAUAUUUUCGAGUCCGUCAAGCACUCUCUUGAGCGCCUUCAACUUGACUAUGUUGACGUACUUCAGUGCCAUCGCUUUGACUACCAGACUCCAAUCGCUGAGACUAUGCAAGCCUUGCACGAUGUAGUCAAAGCUGGCUAUGCACGAUACAUUGGAAUGUCAAGCUGUCAUGCCUAUCAAUUCCACGCAAUGCAAAACUACGCAAUCGCCAACAAACUUACGCCCUUUAUCUCCAUGCAAAACCAGCAUAAUCUGGUCUAUAGGGAAGAGGAGAGGGAAAUGAUACCGACUCUGAAGAUGUUUGGGGUUGGAAUGGUUCCUUGGUCGCCUCUGUCUCAGGGGAUCUUAAGUCGACCAUACGGGGCGACUUCACAUCGGGGAGAUACCAGCAAAUUUUCGGGGAUGUGGGAAAAGACGAAAGAGGAUAACAAGGAGGUGAUUUUUCGGGUCGAGAGGAUUGCCAAGGCUCGAGGUAUCAGCAUGGCGCAAGUUGCUAUCGCAUGGAGCUUGUCCAAAGACGUAAUCAGCGCUCCGAUUGUUGGAACCACAAAACUUUCGAAUUUGUACGAUCUACUCGGUGCCAUUGACGUCAAGCUUACCGAAGAGGAGAUUAAACAACUUGAGGAGCCAUACGUUGCCCAGGCUAUCCAAGGCUAUACCUAA